CAUACGUAUUUGAGUGGAAUGAUUUGAAAUUUAUUUUACUUCUGUUGUUUGUGUAAAUAAAAUAUUAAGUGAGAUUUAAUUUAGUAUUAAUAAAUAAUGUAAAAAUUUUAACGUUCCUUUGCGUAUAUAUAAAAUAAAAUAAUGUUAUCUAGUUUAAAGGAAAAGAUACUAAAUGUCUCGUUGUUUAACAAUGGGGAGGAUUCGCAGUUAUCAAAAAAGAGAUUGAUAAACGUGAACGCGGGAGCAGAAAUUUUAGCCCAUUACCAAAAUAAUUGGGAAGAGCUACAUGGGAUAAACGAAGAAAGCGCAGAAAAAGCGGAAAAAUUGGCAGAUGAGAUAGAAAAAAUAUCUACUUUUGUGAGUGAUAAUAAAAAAAACCUGGAAUUUAUUAAUAACACAGUGUUAUACUCAAAAUUAUCGUCGAGUAUAAGUAAAUGUUUGGAAGAUAUACAGCGGUUGUAUGAAUCAUCGGAAAACAUUGAAAAGAAACUGAUAAAAUUAGAGGAUUUGAUAGACGAAGCGGAUUUUAAUAAAAUGAAAAACAGACACGUGUAUCAUUUAGAACAGUAUAAAAUGAGAAAAGAUGAAUCGUUAACUAAUUUAACAGCGGAAUUGAAAGUUAAACACCUCAAAAAAGUAGAAGAAUACGAGUUGAGUAAAAAAGAGUUACUAAAAGAAAGGCAGCAAGUUUUUCAAGAUGCGUUUAAGAACGACUUGGAAAUUUAUAAAAAUUCGGGAAUUGUCCCAGGUCAAAUUCAAAAUAAAAGACGAAAUGGAGCAUUGUUGGAAGAAAUACAGCUAGAUUAUGACCAAAAGGAGUUGGAUCAGUUUUUUAAUGAUGAUAUAAAAGGCAGUUAGUUAUUAUUUUGUUAUAUUGUUAAAAAUGGAGAGGUAUAUUUUUGUAUAUAUAAACAUUUUAUACUAACACAA